AUGCAGAAGAAGUGUGUCAUCUCUCCCACAGACGUACCCGAGGCCGUGGCCCAGCUGGGACUGUCUCUGGUGCCUCAGAGCAUCAAGGAGGGAGAUGAUGUCUACUUUGAGUGUUCCAUCCACGCCAACCCCCGCAUCUAUAAGCUAACCUGGCAACACAAUGGCAGGCUGCUGCAGCACAACAUCACAGCGGGCAUCAUCGUCAGUAACCAGAGUUUGGUGCUGCAGAAGGUCACGCGGCGUCACGGGGGGAGCUACACCUGCUCGGCCUCCAACAUCGAGGGUGACGGUGUGUCCAAGCCCAUCAACCUUGACAUAAAGUACUCCCCCGUGUGUGCUCCGGGUCAAGUGACAACCUACGGAGUGGCGAGGCACGAGGACGCUGAGGUAACCUGCAGAGUGGUGGCCAACCCUCCCGCCGAGAAGUUCAAAUGGACCUUCAACAACACGGCAGACACCAUCGACGUACCCAAUGGCAGGUUCACCUCGGCUCCCACCUUCAGCAUCAUCACCUACACCCCCAUGACGGAGCUGGACUACGGUACCCUUCUCUGCUGGGCCACCAACACCAUCGGCAAGCAGGCCCGACCCUGCCUCUUCCAUAUCGUGCCUGCAGGUAAGCCAGACCCGCCAGCCAACUGCUCAGUACACAACCAAACGUCGUCAGGGUUCUCGGUCUCGUGUCAGGCGGGGUUCGACGGCGGACUGAGACAAGUGUUCCUGCUGAGGGUGGCCAGGCCAGGCACCCAGGGCCACAACCUUACUGCUGGCCACCCAGUCUUCCAGGUGGGACAGCUGGAGCCGGACGCCACUUAUCGCCUUCAAGUGUGGGCGGCCAACGACAAGGGCGCCAGUCCCUCAGUACACCUGCGAGCCUUCACCACCCACCCGCCCACCCACCAGCACACCGCCCACGUAGUGGCAGAAGUGAGGGAAGGCAGCAGUGGCAGUGACGGCAGUGACAGUGGCAGUGCCAACACCGCAGGCAACACCAGCGGCACCAGUGUGUUGGGAGAGGAGGUGGCGGGAGUACCAGCUCUGGUGUCGGUGGUGGUGGGCGCCUCAGUGGGUAUAGUGUUGCUCCUGCUGCUACUGGGCCUUCUGGUGCGUCAGAGAGUGCGCCGCCCCCCUGCUCCACCUCCAACCUCCAACCCUACCCAUACUAUGCCGCCCACCACUCUGCCACCCACCACCCUAGCGCCCACUACUUCGCCGCCCCCAAUACUCAAGACUUCUCAUGGCCUACCUACUCACACCUGCGCUCACAGACAAAUGCAGGUGGAGGGCGAGACUGAGGUCGACCCAGACCUGAUCCCUCAACAGCUGGUACACUCUACCUUGACACCAUCUGGGCCUCUGCUGCGACCUCCAGCUAACUACAGGGGGCAAGACCCCUCCUUCUGCCAGGUGGUGGUGGCGGGUGGUGGAGGAGGAGGAGGUGGUGGUGGAGGGCUGACUGUGCACCACCACCUUCUACCCGCCACCACCACCUACACCUCUCCUCACCACCACCACCAGCAGCCAGCGGCAGCAGCUGACCCUACCUCGACACCUCGUCAUCACCCACAUCCACAAGAGCACUACCAGCACCUUGUCUCUGAUGACCCUCGAUACGCCCACUUGGACCUUGAGGCAGGAGGACGACAGGUCACCUCAGAGGGUCACAGGUCACGGGUGGUGCCAACUGUUUACGCCACCCUCGAUACACGCCGCGCUACCUCCCGGGAGACUUUCGACAUCAGACACUCACACAGCCAAGCCAGUCUGGAUAUAGGACGGGGUCACGACGUGGUGUACAGCGACGACACCCGGCACGACCCGGCGUACCACCACCUGCACGACGCUGCACGACCACUGCUGGAGGACGACCACCCGCCAAAUACCAUCACCUUGGUGUCCAAAAGGGAGAGUUCAGUAUAACACCAAUGACCACCUAACUCACUCUAACCUAAUCUAACCUAACCUAACCUAACCUAACCUAAUCUACCCCACCCUAACCUAACGUAUCUUGUCCUCGCCUGACCUGAGCCACAACAACGGCCACUCUACCUGCAGCAAAUAAAAAAAAAUGCUCGUAAUUAAGGUCCUAUAACCUGCCGUCACACCUGGAGGACUGAGGAGGAACAGGUGUGCUCGCGGGGUGUGUGUGCGACAUCAAUGAAACGUCAAAGAAACACUCGGGGAAUUUUUAUAAAUGAAUGUAACACCACCGUGACGUCAUCCAGGUAGAAGGUCUGUGAUUGGUCAUGUGAGACCUGAUCGUGGUUUAUGACGUCACUGAUAACAGGUUUCAGAGCUAAUCAGUGAACAGGAGCCGCGGGAUUAGUUCACAAAGGAAGCGGUUGAUUGGUUGUCUGAACACAGGUGGUACAUGCCAUAAAAUAUUGACUGUAUGGUUAGUGGUGACUGUGUGUUUGGUGUCUGUAUGGUUGAGUGAUGACUGUAUGGUUGACUGUGCGACUGUGUAUUGACUGUUUGCAUGAAUGGUGACUAUGCUAAGUGGUGACUGGUGUAAGAGAUGGAUUUAGUUGGCAUAAAUACUAUGCCAUGAUACCACCAAGACCUUGAAAGAUAAUAUGUGUUCUACUUUACCACACACACACACGCACGCACACACACACACACACACACACACACACACAAGAUGAUGCUCGGUCUACCUGACUCACCUGUACUCUACCUUAAGGUUCUUAAUGAGCAAAGGAUAUUACAGGUGUUAAGUGAUGGUAGUUGUUCAGUGAGUGUUCUGGUUGUUGAGGAAGUUUCUCAUCAAUAUUUAUCAAAGUUCCAAAACAAAACUUCAUUGAUUACAGAAGUUAGAGUAUUGGUCUGUGCUGAGGUGUGUGUGUGUGUGUCUGUGUGUGUGUGUGUCUGUGUGUCUGUGUGUGUGUGUGUGACUACUUCCUGUGUCUGUUUUAUAAUGAUAGAUAUGUAUUAAUUACCCGAGUCUGUUAAGUGAUGGUUAAGUGAUGGUGUGUAGAGUAUGUUACCAGAGGCCUGUAUGUGAGGUGGUAAUGGCCUUCAUGUUUGUUAACUGUCAAAAUAAGAGUAACAAACGAUGACCUUCACAAUACAACACGAGCGUCAGGACCAACAUACCGCGGGCUUCACCUGCCAACAAUAACUGGAGUGGGUGUGCUGCUCGGGACAAUAUAUGUUUAUGACAACUUUUCUUCGUUUAUCUCUCAGGAAUAUUUCUGGAGGAAUUUGUCAUUGUUGUUAUCUGUUGACCUCGUGUGUACCGAGAGGUGGGAGGAGCCGCCAGAACACAGGGUAUCCAACACAUGGGACUGGACCUGACAGACUGAACACAUCAACUUCUUAACAGUGUCUAGGAUAAUGACUGAACGACCUCCACUAACACACACAUCAACCACACACUGUAUGUUUGUCUAGUAGUCGUUGACCUGUCCCCAGCUGUGUCUCUUGACCCCGUAUAUAACAUGACCUAACCUCUGACCUGUAUAAGAUGUCAUCACUUCUCCCGCGUAUAGUACAUGACCUAGACACCCCCACAACUCCUUUUAUUUAUACUUCCAGUAACCUUUGACCUUCAUUAAGAUGAACACUGGUAUAUUCUACUAAAGCUCUCUCUCUCUCUCUCUCUCUCUCUCUCUCUCUCUAAAUCCAACUACAUCUAAUUUGGUUCAAUUGUGACAAAUUCAUGUGUAUAUAUGCACAAGUUUGUAGCUUAUGAUGACUUAUGUAUCACCAGUCAUACUACAGAUGAUGACUUAUGUAUCACCAGUCAUACUACAGAUGAUGACUUAUGUAUCACCAGUCAUAGUACAGAUGAUGACUUAAGUAUCACCAGUCAUACUACAGAUGAUGACUUAUGUAUCACCAGUCAUACUACAGAUGAUGACUUAUGUAUCACCAGUCAUACUACAGAUGAUGACUUAU